AUGAUAGAGAUCAAUAAAAUUAGUAAGAUAACAUAAGGUGAUUCUUCUUAGAAUAAACUAAAUUAGAAUUAAAUGAAUAAUUCACUUAAGAGUAAUAAUGAUGAAGAGUAGAAGAACUUUUUAAAAUUAUAAGCAAUACUAUAAUAAUCAAAAACUAAAAAUGAUAAAAACAUAAAAUCUAAUACAAUUAAUAAAAGUUCAUAAAAAGGUAUUCCUGAAUUAAAAAUAAAAGACCACAAUGGGUCGAAGCAAAAUAAUAAUGUGAUAAUUAAGAAAAAUGAUGAAUAGAAAAAAUAAAUAAAAGACCUUGUUUAAAAAUAAAAAGAUGAUAAUAAACAUCAUCAAUAAUCAGAUAUAAGCAAAUUUGAAAAAAUAAAAAAGCAUAUUAAAAUUAAUAAUUCCACUUCUAUACAAUAAGUAACAAAAUAGAAAGAAGAUAAAGAUUCUUCUUAUUAGCCUUUGAAAAUAAAUAGGUCUGUAACGAAGAUAGAAGGGGUAAUUUAAAAAGAUGAAUAAGAAAUAAAAGAGAAUUUUAAUGAUAUAAUAAUUUAAAAGAAAAAUCCUCAGAAUAAUAUAUAAAAGUAAGAUGCAAUAAAGAAAGAUUAGAAGUAAGAGGUGACACAGAAGUAGUAAAUAGAUUAAUCAAAGAAGAUUUAAUCUUAAAUGGUAGGAUAGUAACUAAUAAGUAGUAGUAAAGAUGUAGGAAAUCAAAAAUUAAUAGAAUUAUUAAAUUCAACUAAUUAAAAUAAGAAGAAACAAAAUAAUAAAGAGAAACAGAAGUAAGAAUAAUAGAAGAUGAAGGAAUAGAAUAAAUAGAUGAAUAAUUCUUUAAAAAAGGAUAAAAUAAAAGAGUUGUAAAAUUAAAAAUAAAAACCCUUUUCAAUAAAACCUUAGAUAAAAGAUUUAAGUAUUUAGAAAUAGAAUAAGUAAAAGAAUUAAGUAAAUGAUGAUUAUGAUUUGAAUGAUUCAUUUAUAAAUGAUUCAGAUAGCGUGGAUAUGGAAGAGUUUGAUCCAAAUGAAGUGGUAACAGAAUUGAAGAAGUUGUAAAGGUAUUUUUUUAAGUUUAAGAGAGUAGAAAGAAGGAGAGAAGAAAGUAAAGUGAUGAAGAUGAUGAUAUAGAGGAAGUAGGUUUCGCUGUAAUGUAAAUAGAGGAAAAGAAGUCUAGAGUUAUUGGUAUAAUAGAUGAUUACAGAGAAGAGAAAUAUAUUAAGAAAGAAAUAAAAAGAGAAAAGAAAUAAAAGAAAAAGUUGAUGGAAAUAAAAAGUAAAUAGGAUAAUAAAAUAAAUGAAACGUAGUAGUAGUGA